CGCGGGGCGUAAAGGCUAAAAGCUGGUUAGAGGCCAGAGUUACGGGCUGUGUCUUCUCGUCUGUUACCUGAGCCCCCCAGCAGCAUGUCUCGCAACAGCGCCAGCAGUAUGUUCGGGGGAGCGGGUGGUCAGGGCGCCCGGGCUUCUGUGUCCAGCCUGCAGAACCUGAGAAACGCCCUCCGCCCGGAGAGCCAGCCUCAGGCUCCGAGCAGCGGAGCCCCGGGUCCUACGCCCACCGACGACAAGAAGACCAUGGAGAACCUCAACAGCCGCCUGUCCGGCUACCUGAACAGAGUGCGAAAACUGGAGAACUCCAACCAAGAGCUGGAGGAGCAGAUCAAAGACAUCUUAGAGAAGAGGGGCCAGACGGCCGACCGGGACUGGGAUGAGAUCGAGAAACCGCUGGCUGACCUCAGAAAGGAGGUCCAUGAGAAGACCAUGGAAAACGCCCGCAUUUUACUCCAGAUAGACAACAGAAAACUGGCGAACGAAGACUUCAGAAACAAGCUGGAUGCAGAAAGGUUCGCGCGCCAGGGCGUGGAGCACGAGCUCGCCGAGCUGAGGAAAGUCAUUGAUGAUACGCAGAUCGCGCGCCUCAACCUGGAAAGUCAGAUCGAGUCCGCCAGGGAGGAGCUCGCUUUCCUCAAGAAAGACCACCGCGACGAAGUCGCUGUGCUGAAGGAGAGAAUCAAGGAGUCCACUGUGACUGUCGAAGCAGAUUCCCCUCAGUCCAACCUGAGUGACACUGUCAACAAGAUCCGUGCUCAGUAUGAAAAACUGGCCAUGAAGAACCGCGUGGAGACUGAUGAGUGGUACAGAAGCAAGUUUGACAACAUCAAAGUGGAGGUGGCGAAGAACACUGAGUGUCUGCAGACCAGCGGGACUGAGCUCAGUGAGCUUCGCCGUCAGAAACAGCUGCGAGAAAUUGACAUUCAGGCUCUGCAGAGCACGAUCCUGUCUUUGGAAGAGACUCUGAAGGAUGCAGACGGUCGGUAUAGGCGGGAAAUGGUCCGUCUGAACCGGAUCAUCCAGCAACUUGGUGCUGAGUUGACCAAAGUACGAGAACAGGUGGAGCGUCAGACCGAAGAGUACCAGGCCCUGCUAAACAUCAAGAUGAAGCUGGAGGCUGAGAUUGACAGCUACCGCCACCUCCUGGGGGGAAUUGAUGACGGGGCAGAGUUUUCCGUAGAGCAGGCUUUACAGAAUAAUGGCCCAUCCAGCCAGCAGAAUUAAGCCCAGCCCAUCUGGACCCAUAGAAUGCCCAGAAGUAACCAGAUGAGGAGACCUCUGCACUUUUAACCUUUCACAUAACAUUUUAUGUGAUCUGAAAGUAUAAUUGCCCUGUGCAGAAACUCUUGUAUGAUCUAUGGCAAUAAAGUAAAAUACUUCACCACA